GCUCUCUCUCAAAAUUGGGCGGAAUGGCGAAGAAGAAGCAGUUGGCGUCUUCAGCUCCAUGGCGGGGCGAGGAGGAGGUGGACGAGUUCGCCGACGCGAAGCUCAAAGUUACUAAGAAUCCCGGCGAGACUCCGGUAAUGCAUGUUCCUCGCAAGAAGAGCGUCAAGUCCAAGAGCUCCAAAGAGGAGGAUGACUCCCUCGAGAUUGACCCUGAGCUCCGCUACAGUUUCCAACGCAAUUACCAGUUUCUUCAACGAGUAUUCAGCAUUGACACUAUUGUCAAACCUCUUCCACCGGCCAUGGCUUACAAUGUCUCCCGCAACUUGAACUUCUUUACUCGCAUUUUCACACAGUUCUUCGACCCUGAAGGCAUUGCAAAUGCUCAGAAAUCACUUGGACUAGGGCAGGAAGAGAAAGCUCGCCGUGUUCGUUGAGAGGAGAAAACGAGGAAAUUGCUGGGGAGUUUUAUGGAACUGUUUUCAACUGUAUUUGGAUUCGAACUUUGUGAAGAGUUGUUGUAAAUGGGAUGCAUUAUGCAUAAAUUUUGUUCAAUUUCAAGCUUAAUUACAUCAGUUUGGUUUGUUUAAA